AUGAGAAAUUCCUUCUUUCAUUCCAAAAUACGGAAUGAUAAAAGACGAAAUGAGAAAAAGACAAUCCCAAAAGUCUCAUUCUCUUUUCUGAUUCCUUCUUUACUGAUUCCUUUUUUUCUCAUUCCUUCUUUUCUUAUUACGACUUUACUCAUUUCUUUUUUUUCAUUCCUUCUUUUCACAUUACGACUUUACUCAUUUCUUUUCUUUCUCAUUCCUUCUUUUCUCAUUCCGUCUGUUCUCAUUACGACUUUACUCAUUUCUUUUUUUGUCUUUCCCUCUUUUCUGAUUCCUUUUUUUUCUGGUUCCUUCUUUUCCCAUUCCUUCUUUUCUCAUUCCGUCUUUUCUCAUUCCUUCUUUUCUCAUUCCGUCUUUUCUCAUUCCUUCUUUUCCCAUUCCUUCUUUUCUCAUUCACUCUUUUCUCAUUCAUUCUUUUCUCAUACCGUCUUUUCUCAUUCCCUCCUUUCUCAUUUCCUCUUUUCUCAUUCCUUCUUUUCUCAUUCCUUCUUUUAUCAUUUCGUCUUUUCUCAUUCCCACUUUUCUCAUUCCUUCUUUUCUCAAUCCUUCUUUCCUGAUUCCUUCUUUUCUGAUUCCCUGAUUCCUUCUUUUCUAAUUCCUUCUCGUCUAAUUCCUUCUUUUCUCAUUCCUUCUUUUCUCAUUCCGUCUUUUCUCAUUACGACUUUACCCUUUAUUUUUUUUCUCAUUCACUCUUUUCUCAUUCCCUCUCCUCUGAUUCCUUUUUUUCUGAUUCCUUCUUUUCUCAUUCCUUCCUUUCUCAUUACGACUUUACUCAUUUCUUUUUUUUUCUCAUUCCUUCUUUUCUCAUUCCGUAUUUUCUCAUUCCGUCUUUUCUCAUUUCUUUUUUUCUUAUUCUUUCUUUCCUGA